CCCUCUUUCAGACACUGCCACGCCACAGUACCCUACAGAAUCUCACCAACACGUCCUUGUAAGGCUGCUGUUCGCCUUGGAGCAGUUUAUUUUGGCUUACAUGAAAGAAAACUUUAUUGAAGAGGAAUAAUCAGCAGUAUCUAUAGUGCUUGUUAACUCCACAGCUUCUCGAAGGAUCCCCACCACCACUUCGAGGAUGAAGGUCCUGAUCUUAAUCCUGGUGCUCCAAGUGUUUGUUCUCCAGGAAAUUCAGGCACAAUAUAUCUCCUCCGGGGACAACCUACAGCAGAAGACCAUCACAGCCAUUCAGAACCUGGCUCAGAUCCUUAGAGAGGUAGAGGAUACACUCGCUUCCACUCGAAACCCGAGCCCUGCACCGGGUCCCGGGGAUGGUUCAGAGUUGGAUGUGCAGGAGAGGGCGGGUAACCUGACGGAGGUGUUGAAGGAGCUUGUAGAGGCCGUCCAGAACAACACCCUCUCACUGAACGAAGCUAACCAUAAGGCCGACGACCGAGAAGAGGAAGAAGAGAUGUGCGAGCCACCGUUUUCAAAGCAUGGAUCAGAAUGCUUCUACGUCAACAAGUACAGGCAGGUCAGCUGGAGUGAGGCGCGCAAGUUCUGUCAGAGUCUACAGGCUGAUCUGGCCCAGCCGCGUAGUGUAAAAAAACUCAGAGCAAUGCUUCUUGACAAGUUCCCUGAGGACACCUACCGGUUCUUCUGGUUGGGUGCAUCCGAGGUGAGCACAGACGGGAACUGGAUGUGGCUGUCCAAGUCUCCUCUGUCGACGAGGGAGUGGGCGAGAGGACAACCGAACGGCGGCAACGAGAACUGCGUGGUACUAAGUCGAGACGAGUAUCCUGCACUUCAUGACAGUCCUUGCUACAACCACGCCACCUUCAUCUGUCAGAAGGCUAUGGGGAUUAAAGAACGAGAAGAAAGAGAAGUAAAUCCAAUGUAGGGAUGAGAAGCGUUGUUGGUUACGUUGAAGGGAAGAGGAAUGGUGCACCGGAGGUAUAUGGCAAGUACAGAGGAGUGGUAUUGGGGAGAUGUAGCGAUGCUGAGGGAGUUAGGUACAGUAAUGUGAAUGAUGUGGUGAGGUGCGGUGAUGUUGGGGAGGUACAGGAAAGGGGAGCAGCUUUGGAGAGAGGGAGUGACAUAGGGUGUACAGUAUAUGUGUAGAGAAGAUAAACUUAUGCUUGGUGUAUAUAAGGUGAUGCUGUAGACAAAUUACAUGAUUCUGUAGGUUAGAUCACAUUCAACUGUAAUGAGGCAAAAUGAUGUAGGGAGAUGAAAUGAUGCUGUGAGGAGAUGACACAACAAUUUUCGAAUAUGAAAUGAUGCUGAGGGAAAAUGAAUUUAUUUUAUGGGGAGAUGCAAUAAUACUGUGAGUAAAUUGCAUGAUUUUUUAGGAAGUUAUGGUGAUGCUGUGAGGAGAUGAAACAAACAAUGCUGAGGGGAUAUGCAAAACGACAGGGGGAGAUUUUUUUAUGAUUUCCUUGGCAUAUGAGUCAACGCUUUGUGGAGAUGGGGAGACAUGCUAACGUUAUGAGAUUAUCAUUAGACUAACAAGAUGACGGUGAAGCAAUAUCAAGGUGCAGCUCUAGCUCUCCGACUUCCGCACACAAGACAGCCUAACCCAGCACCACUUUACCUCUACGACCACAGGCAGGACGAUCUAAGACACGUAUAAAUUCACUCUGUGUCUUGAUCAGGCAUCCUUUGUAUAUCUUAUGAAUAAAAUUAUUUCUAUGCAUAAAGCUAAAAAGUAUUUUGACGAGUCAUGUGAUAUCUGAUAACUCUCAAGAUCAUGUCACGUCUUUCAGUAAUAUUAAUCUUUAUUUUCUCAAAAUAUUGGGUUCCAUAUUUAUAUAUAUUUUUAGUGUAUGAAGGAAAAUUUUGAGUUAUGCACUACACUGAGAUGACUGACCUUUGCACAACCUUCCCCUUUGAUCUUUGUAUAAUUUUGUAAUUUUUUUCCAUUACAUUUGCAUUAGAACUGUUUUUGUGGUUUCAUGAGAUAAGUUUGUUUUAUCUUUAAUACUUUCAGCUGAUGUGUUUUAACAUUUCACUCAUUUUUAUGUUUAUGUAUACACUUUUAUAAGUUUUGUCGUCAUAAUUGUUUUAUCUUUAGAUAUUUUUAGAUUUAAUGUUUCAAUACUUUAUAAGUUUUAUCAUUACAUACCUUAAUAGUUUUUUUCCAUACUUUAAAAGGUGUAAUUUUUACCUACUGUACUUAACUGUCAUCUUUAUACACACACCUUUAAAACAAAACUCUACUGUAGCUAGAUUCUUAUAUACUACAUGUUCUGUACUGUAUUUUCAUUAUACUACAAAAAAUAACCAUUGUUCUAUUCACCUAAUUGCGCAUUUUUUUAUUAUUAUUUGGUUAAAAGAUACUUGUUAAUUCUCA